AACUGACCUUCGGUCGAAACGGCAAAUUGAUUUUGUUUGAGUUACAGGGAUAUUUAUUGCAUAGUAAUGCUGCAGAUUAGUGGUAUAAUUUCCUGCAGAAAUCUCGAUUCCAUCUUCCAGUCGGUGUUGUAGGAUGAAUAGGUAACGCAGGUCUGCAGGAAUCUAGAGAAUGUGGUCUACACUUGGUCCUCAUGAAGGCUAAUGGCAGUAAUAAUACACAAAAAGAAGCCAGUAUGCAUAUCAACAAGCCCACAACAAGACGUAUUGCAGUACUGUGUAGGAUACUACAAAAUUCUUUUAUGCCUCAACAAAAUACUGUCAGCAUCAGACAGCAUAAUAAAUCUUACUCGGGUGAAUAUCGUGUGACAAUUGGUGAUGUAACGAAGGAGGUGAAACCAGCAAGGAAUCCUCAGUUUGUCCCACUUAAUUAUUUGAAUAAAGAACUGUCUCAGGAAUGUCUACAGCAUUUACGAUGGAUGAUGCAGAAGGACCUUUUGGGUCAAGACAUUUUCCUGAUUGGUCGACCUGGUCCUCUGCGUCGUCAACUGACAAUGCAGUAUCUUGAAAUGACAGGCCGUGAACUGGAGUAUGUGGCUCUGUCACGAGAUACCACAGAAGCAGACUUGAAGCAACGCAGAGAAAUACAAAAUGGAACUGCAAAAUAUUUUGAUCAGAGUGCAGUGAGAGCUGCAGUAGAAGGAAGAAUUCUGGUGCUGGAAGGAAUAGAGAAGGCAGAGCGAAAUGUGCUACCCAUCUUGAACAACUUGCUGGAGAACAGAGAAAUGCAUUUGGAGGAUGGACGUUUCUUGAUUCCAGCUUCCCGUUACGAUAAAUUGUUGAAGGAAUACAGUAAAGAGGAGCUGGAUCAAUGGCAUCUAGUUCGAGUGAGUGAAGACUUUAGGGUCAUAGCACUUGGAAUUCCUGUUCCACGAUACCUGGGAAAUCCUUUGGAUCCCCCAUUGCGCUCACGGUUCCAAGCCAGGGAUAUCAGUGGCCAUACAUUCAAAGAACAGUUGGAGGAAUUACGGCAGUCUGCGCCUAGUGUGGAUCCAGCACAGAUCUCACAGUUAUUGUCAUGCUGCUAUUCGUUAUUGUCUCCAGAGUCUUCCUCACUUGGGUUGCCAGAUUUUCCUGUAGACAGAUUGCCAGCAGCUGUGACACUGAUGGAGACAUUACCAUCUCUGCCUCCAUUUGAGGUCCUGUAUCGAUUAUACCCAUAUAAGAUUUUUUUGCCAAGAGAAGGGAAACAAUCAGUUGAGGACCUGCUGUGUACUUUCCACCUUAAGACAUUGACAAAGCAUAGUUCAUCAAGCAUACAAAAUGUCAUUCCAUCUUCGCAGGAUCAGACUGCACAAGUGAGGAUAAAUUAUAAUGGUCAACAAGCACAAUUUCAGGUGGUAUGUGGUACUGGAGAACGAGCAUCUUCUUCAACAGGUUUCAUUGAAACUUCAUACCAGGAGCAGUUGCUGGCUCAACUACUCCAGUCUCAUCUUGUAGGAGACUUCUGUAUCAUUGGACCUCGAGGCUGUGGGAAAAGUGCUACUGUUAACAGAUUGGCAGCUCUGUUGAAUUAUCAAAUAGAACCAAUUGUGCUGUAUCAGGACAUGACUUCACGAGAUUUGGUUCAGCAAAGAACAACACUUCCAAAUGGGGAUACUGUAUGGCAGAACUCUCCACUGGUUACUGCUGCUCUUGAAGGCAAGAUGGCAGUACUAGAUGGUAUCCAUAGAAUCCACCCUAGUACUCUGGCUGUUAUUCAAAGGUUAGUACAUGACCGAGAACUGCAGCUGCAUGAUGGACGUCGACUUGUCCGACAUGAUCGCUUUGAUGAAUAUAAAACUCGUCAUAAUCUGUCAGAGCAGCAGCUACAUGACUCAGGACUUCUCAGGAUCCAUCCUGCUUUCCGUAUAGUAGCUCUUGCUGAACCUCCAAUUCAGGGCAGCAUUGCUGGUCAGUGGUUGUCAGCUGAGAUACUCAGUCUGUUCCUCUUUCAUGAGAUGCGACCACUUGCUCUGCAUGAAGAGAUUCACAUUGUUAAAUCAUUGUAUGGUCAGGUUGGUCAGCCACUGGCUAGUGUGAUGGAAUUAGCUCAUAAACUUAGAGAAUCAGAAGAUCCAACUAUUCAGUCGUUAGCUGGAUCGCUGUCUACAAGACAGUUACUUCGUAUUGCUCGACGCAUGGCCAUGUAUGAAACAGAGAGUCCAGCUGCAGCCAUUCAUCGAGCUUGCCUGGCAAGAUUCCUCCCAACACUUGCCCGCCAGGCGUUGGACAGAGUUCUGAAUGAUGGUGGUGUCAGUAUUGUUGCUGAGCCAAGUGACCCUACUUUAAAGGUUUGUGAGGUGCAGGGUAAUGUAGUGAGAAUUGGAAACACAACUGCUCCUCGAUAUCAAACCUCAGCUACUAGCAAGGUGCCAGAUGUGCUGUUCUUUGAUGUGCCCCAGCAUAUAUCUGCACUAGAAUGGCUUCUACAGGACUUCUUACUUGGUGAACAUCUGUUGCUUGUAGGUAAUCAGGGUGUUGGGAAGAACAAACUUGCUGACCGGCUUUUGCAGUUGCUAAAUCAUCCUCGAGAGUACAUCCAGCUGCAUAGGGACACAACUGUACAGACAUUAACACUUCAGCCCACAGUAAGAGAUGGUGUUGUGGUAUAUGAGGAUUCACAAUUGGUUCAGGCGGUCAAGCAUGGCCAUGUGCUCAUUGUAGAUGAAGCUGACAAGGCUCCCACACACGUUACAUGUAUCCUUAAGACUUUGGUGGAAUCUGGUGAGAUGAUUCUGUCUGAUGGCAGGCGUCUGGUUCCUCAUUCAGAUCCUCGAGUUGGCACUAAUUCUGCAUCCAUCAUUCCUGUUCAUCCAGACUUCAGAAUGAUCAUUCUUGCCAAUCGCCCAGGCUUUCCAUUUCUUGGCAAUGACUUCUUUGGAGCUUUAGGAGACUUGUUCAGCUGUCAUGCUGUGGACAACCCAAGCCCAGAGUCUGAACUUUCAUUGCUAGAGCAAUAUGGCCCUAAUGUAUCUGGAAAAAUAAUUUUGAAAUUAGUCAAGGCCUUUGGUGAACUUCGGAACAUGGCAGAUCAGGGUCUGGUUCACUACCCGUACUCAACAAGGGAAGUUGUAAACAUUGUGAAACACCUUCAGGAAUUCCCUAAUGAGAGCCUGGCAAGUGUGGUGCGCAACGUGUUCGACUUUGACAGCUACAGUAAGGAAGUCCUGGAGAUAUUAAUGCAGACAUUGCAUAAACAUGGCAUCCCUUUUGGAGCUGACCCCUCCAAUGUGAACUUAGCUAAAGAACUCCCACUGCCUCUCGUGCAGCUAGCUGGAGGCUGGACCAUCAUGCAUUCACUACCCCCAACUCAGCUUGCUGUUGAGGAGAGGUUCUUGAAGAUGAAGGAAGCCCAUAUUCUCAAACAGAACAAUCAUCCCCUGGACAAGGUAGAAGCCAGGGCUGCUGUGUUCAGUGAGAUGCAGUCUUACUGGUCCAUACCCAUCAAAGAAACUGCCUUUGUUGUAGGCCUUGCAGUCAGCAAAGGUACAGGUACAGACCUACUUGAAGAUUGGAUUCAUGUUCUGACUAUGAACCCACUGACACUGUAUACAAUGAAGCCAUCAGGAGCAAUUAUCCAAGAGCUGUCACUCCAGGGUUUAAUCACUCCAGUGCGAGGUGCUCGACCCUACUUUGUGCUGUCACCAUUAGAUAAUGGUGACCGAAUGCUGAUUCAUGAGGAAACGUCUAACAGGCUCAUAGUGGUAGACUUGACUGCUAGAAGGGCCAACCAGAUACCAUUGUUAUCCACAUUCAGGUCAGCCACAGAGGGUUUUGCCCGGACGAUGGGAACUGAAGUUGGCAAUUGGCACAUGAUGACAGACAUGCUGGAUCAGACAAACUCUGUGAUUCUUUAUGAGAUUGGAGGCAGCAAAGUUGAAGUGGUGAAUGUCAGAACCAUGACAGCAAUGUCAUUCUCUCUCCCUUUUCAUAUUAGUUCAAUAAAUUUACCUUCCAUCAAUAAAUGGCUCAUAGAAGAUACAGUUAACAAGAAGUAUGUGCUAUCAAAAGUCAGUCCUACAGACCCAUGCCCAAGCAUGCUACAGCCAAUUGGUGAUACUUGUAGCAACUCCCUUGGUUACAUUGUUACAUGUGACUCUGAGAAUCUACCAUUUGACAUGCUUAGUGAUGCCCUUGGUCAGAAACUGAGUGCUCCUAAUCGUAUACUCUGCACUGAUAAUACAUAUGCUGCUGUAGCUGUUGGCUUCCCUGAAUUGGACCAAACUGAAAAUGAACUAUAUGUAUGGCCUCGACCAGCUAAGCAUCGAGGGAGACCGUAUACUGCCAUCAUUCUGAGAGACUGUGGCCAGGUUGUGUGCCCUGUGAGUUCUGCUCAAGUGCCAAAAGAAUUGAUCUCUUCAGACAAGAUUCAGCCUGCUGUGUCUGGUUAUUUGGAGAUCACUGACAUCGUUAAUCAGAAGCUGCGUUAUCUUCCUGUACCACAGCCAUUUUCCGUCUCUUCUGUUACUCCUUGGCUGUACUCACAGCUACCCUUGAACCUUGCGGCAGGGAGCAAUCAGGGUCUAGUGACUGUGGACUCUGGUGGGUGUGUCAGACUUUGGGAGACAUCUCUGUUUAGCCUGGAAAAAUCUAUGAUGGAAUGGAGGCAAAUGAUUGGUUCUGAUCGAAAGUACUUGCAGGUCACAGUUGACCGACCCAGUGGGUUAGAUGUCACUAAGCCAAAACAUGGUAAAGUGGAUGAAACCGGAGCCCCUCAUGUGGGAGGAAAUAUGUGGGCUGGAGGUACAGGUGGCAGGGACACUGCUGGUCUUGGAGGGAAGGGAGGUCCUUAUAGAUUAGAUGCUGGUCACAAGGUUCAUCAGGUUACACAGGCAGAGAAAGAUGCAGUGCCAGAACAUGUGAAAAAAGCUGCACGUGAAAUGGGGCAGAGAGCAUUCAAACAGCGGUUACGUGAAAUCCAGAUGAGCGAGUAUGAUGCUCAGUUGUAUGCGCAGUUCUCAGAUGCUGUUAGCAGACAGGUACAAGCUCUGAGGGUGAUUCUUAACAGUCUGCAAGCGAAGUCAAGGGAACGACAGUGGAUGCGACAUCAAACCGUUGGAGAACUGGAUGACACCAAACUAAUUGAGGGUUUGACUGGAGAGAAGACAAUAUACCGGAGGCGAGCAGAGAAAGACCCAGAGGUGGGAACACCUCAAACAAAACCAAAACGGCUCAAACUUGUGAUUGAUGUCUCAGGCAGUAUGUACAGGUUCAAUAGUUAUGAUGGCAGGCUUGAUCGUGAGAUGGAAGCAGUGGUAUUGGUAAUGGAAGCUUUCCAAGGCCAUGAAGGCAGAAUCCAAUAUGAUAUAGUUGGGCAUUCAGGCGAGAGCCAUGAUGUUACAUUUGUGGACCACAAAAAUCCACCAACUGACAACAAACAACGACUAGACAUAAUCAAGACAAUGCAUGCCCAUUCACAAUACUGUAUGUCAGGAGACAACACCCUAGAAGCCACACAGUAUGCGAUAGCUUCUCUGAGUCAAGAAGACUGUGAUGAAGCAAUUGUGGUUAUACUGUCUGAUGCAAAUCUAGAACGUUACGGCAUACCUCCAGAGAGCCUUGCAAGAGCAAUGAAUUCCAACCCUAGAGUCAGUGUAUAUGCCAUCUUUAUUGGUUCAUUAGGAGAUCAAGCAUCAAGAUUAACAAACAAAUUGCCAGCAGGUCGAUCGUUUGUAUGUCUUGACUUGAAGAACAUCCCUCAGAUUUUGCAGCAGAUUUUUGCUGCUUCUGUUCUCAAUACUCGGUGACCAUACUCCUUUCAUAGUGUCCUUUCUUACUAGAGUGAACUGUAAUUGACAAUUUAAAGAUCAUAUUUUAUAGUCUCAACCAUACAAGUAUGUGAAUAUGGUACCGCAGCCUAUACAGUCUAGACUGCAAUGAGAGAGAUGAGAGAAUGAUGGUUCAGAUGCAUUAACUUUUAUGGCUGUGCACAUGUAUUUCAGUGACUUUAAUAGUGACCAAGAAACAUCACAUAACCUGAGAGUCUAAAAUGUAUAAUUAUGCAAUCAUUGUUCUCCUCAACUUGUGUCUAAUACAUUUCAAAUCCUUCCCUUACUGUGUUAUUUUUAUAUGGGAUAUCUUAUGUUAAACAUAUCCUAAGUUACAGGAUGUUUACUGACAACUUGAUAGUUCUGACUGUAAAGCACAGUUGCCAAGAAAAUAGAACACUUUGAAAAAUGUUGUUGUUGUUAUAAGAAGAAGAUUAAAGUGAGACAAGAGGAUAUGCCAAUAA